AUGGAUUUGAACAAAUUGUAUGAUAAUAAUUAUCACAACAAUAAUUAUCAUGAUUUGUCAUGGACACUAAAUGAUACGAAAGAUGCCAUUCUUACAGCAAUGAUACCAGGCGCUGUUGGAUUAAUUAGUUGUCUGCCAUAUUAUAAAUCAAAUAAUCCAAUUGAAUGGUGGAAUUCUUGCAAAAAACCACAAUGGGCACCAAAAUCAUUGCAUGCAUAUGCAUGCAUCGAUCUUUUAACAAUUGCACCAGUUGGUUUUGCAAGUUAUUUCAUUUAUAAAUAUGCUAAUGGUUUGAGUAAUGCAUUAACAGUAUUAUCAAUUGGUUUGUAUGGUACCAAUUUAAUGCUAUGCUUUACAUCUUUAUCAUCGAUGAAAAAGAAAGAUAUAAAUGCUGUAUAUUACUUCUCGAUUGGUGUUCAUAUAACAGCAGCUGGAUCAGCUCUUAUCGCCUAUAAGAUUCAUCGUUGCGCUGGCCUACUAAUGGUACCAUACGUAUUAUGGACUGGUUUUCAUACGUUUAUAUUGCAUACGAUGAAAAGUUUGAAUUCAGAAAUUUAA